CAUUUCUGUGAACGAGCUCUUUUAAAUGGUUAGAGUAACCUCUUAAAAAAUUAUCCGAGCUGUUAAACUCGACCAAAGUGCAAUGAAAUGGCCUUCAGUUAAGUUUUGAGAUAUUCGUAGCAGAAACCAUGCAGUGUCUUCGGAUGCAUUCGUACUACUACUCGGAUGCGUUGUACUAUUUCGGUGCCUCUGGAGGAGCUGAAAGGCAGAGUGCUGACACUGUUUGAGUGUGAACGGGUAUUGUGAUUGCACCAUAUGUGAAUAAGAAACGACCAGAAAUUACAAUCGACUGUUUGUUUUGGCCCCAGAGUCGCACACUGAAGUACAAGUACAAGUGCGAGUGGUACGUACUGUACGUGGACGAGAUUACACCGUCGUAAGUGGUCAUGCGGAAGUGUGUUUGUCAGUGAAAAUAUGGUUAGAGACCGUCGACGUCUUGUAACUCCUGUUGCUUGGGGCUGCCUCAGUGUAGUUUAUGCAAUCUGUUGAUUUGACAGCUGUGUACUGUUACUUGAAAGCGUGCUCGAGACUUCAGACAACCGGUAAACAAUGUGUGAGACUUUAGGCUUAAUAUAAAAGUUGUGCGCUUGCAUUUGUGCAAAUCGUCGUCUUUUACAAGUAACUGCCUCCUCAUCAAUCGUCAGUGGACAUCAUUUCGCUACAGGAUUAACGCAAAGAGGUUCUGACACGCCAGAAAUGAUGAGGCUAAGAAGAAAAACGAGCUCUGAAGACGCUUGGUGCUAGUAAUAUCUGGAACCGCUGACGAUGUCGGGAAUCCAGUAGUGUUUCCAUGGUGUUGAGUGAGUGGAGGAGAUUGCUAUGGAGGGAGUUGGCUCUCCCCAGCAGUCAAGGACAGUGAAUUGGCAGUCACCUUCCAGUGCCAAGUAUGCCCCUUCAGCAAGGCCUGGAAUUCACAGCACAAAUGUGCCUUCCUCACCCGACACGGGUCCUGAAGCAGUGAAUAGCCCCUACUGUGGGGAAAAAUACAUAUCGUGUCUCGCGUGUGGGCAGGCAAGUCGCAACCUCAAGUCAUGUGACUUUUGUGGCAGAACCUUUGAAGCUGGUGCCAAAGUUAAACGGAAAUAUGUUCCUCAACAUCCAAAGCGCAAGCUAGAUCUUGGCUCAAGCUCCACUGCAGUGGGCAGCAACACGUCACCUCUGAAGCUGUCCCCAUCACCACCAGAGUACAAGCUGAGCAGACAGACUUUCUAUGGCAGAGGCACAGCUACAGCUGGAGGAGCUCUGCACAUUAGUGCGGGCAACAAUGGGCAGGGCGUCCAGCUGAUUGUACAGCCCGCUAGUCUUUCCUUGAGUGUACUUGCUUCAGCGCCACCUCCGCCAAAAAAACUUGGAAGGAGGAUUAGAAAGGAACCUGAGUGCCUAACAAUAUCAUCCGACGAAGAGGCGGACAUUGAAUGUCAAUCCGAAGCCAAAGAAGAAAAGCUGGGGUUCACUGCUAGAUCGACUCCAGUGAAUAACGUCCAUGGAAAAGAAAAUCAUGUUGUUGGUCAAGAGUUGGUUGCUGUGCCAAACAACAAACCUUUACUCCAACCUGCUGCUGCAGCCCACAGAAAGUCAUCUGAUGUUGUGAAACCUCGAAAGAGUAUGCAAAAUGUGAUAGUACCUGGAAGUGCAGCGCUUCAGCGUCUAAGAUUUAGCUGCCGAAGUAUUCGCGUGGGCUCUUACAAGGUGACUGGAGGAAAAUAUUGGGUGGAAACAACCCCCGAAGGAUUUCAAUUUUCCAUAAAGCCAGUUGUACCAUGUGAUGAUGAAGUGACCAUCCACCUGAGCAACACCGACAUAACGAGUGUCAUGGGUCACCUGGCCCGCACCAUGAUGGUAUUGUAUGUGACUACUACCUCUGAAUGUGGCAGCAACAUCCGUGAAAAGCUGAAGAUGACAAGAAGGAAUUCCUACAUAUAUGACCCCGAAAGUAAGGAUGACCGUGAGAAGCGGAUAACAUUUCUGCCGGACCCAGCUCUGUCGGAAGACGAGAAGUAUUUUCUUCGCACAGUGUUUCCAGGACCACUGUUUCAUGAAAUUGAUCAAGUAGUCGCCAAUGAGAUCCUCAUAAAGUCAGCACCCGCCUCAAAACAAAUGGAAGAGAACGGGGUUUCCUUGAUGACACCUAUGCCACAUCAAAAGCUUGUGCCUUCUUCCGUGCCGUACGCUCAUGUCAUCAUUCAAAACGUUCCACCAAAUGCCACAAUAUUGACAAGGAGCAUAACGCAUCAGGCAUUGCACGAGACGCCAACUGAACCAAAUGUGAAACUUCUUGUAUACCCACCUCCCCCGCAAACUGGAGGAAUCACCGUUCACAGUGCAGACUUCAUGUGUCUCGGCGAAGCCCAGUUCCUGAACGAUGUUAUCAUAGACUUUUACUUGAAGUACCUACUGAGGGAAAAAGUGAGUGAGGAUGUACGAGAAAGAACUCACAUCUUCAGUUCCUUCUUCUACCCACGACUAACACAAAGACUACACGGUAAAGGGACCGCUGGUACAGCACGACUAACGCCAGCAGCAAGACGGCACCGUAACGUGCGUACGUGGACACGGCAUGUGGACAUCUUUGAAAAGGACUACAUUAUUGUGCCAAUCAACCAGAACGCUCACUGGUUCCUGGCCAUAGUGUGCUUUCCCGGGUUAGUGGCUCGCACCUCCCCUCCGCAGGCCAUGAUCCAACACACGUCAACAGAUGACGUCCCCACGUCCGCGGAGCAAAGCCCAACAAGUCUCGGCCCUCCCAGCACACCAGACGGCAAGCAAGACUGUGGCCAAGACGAUGGCGAAGGCCCCCUGGACUCCGAGCCAGAUGAAGCGGCUAUGGAUACUGACGACUCGGAAAAUCCAAUUCCGAAGUCCGUUGAUUGUGCUGAGUCUGCCUACAUCUUAGUGCUGGACUCCCUACGUAGCGACAACGGAAGCAAGUGCAGAAUCAUGUCUACUCUCAGGGAAUAUUUAACUGAAGAAUGGACAGCCAAAAAACAGUCACAACUGACAUUUCGACCUGCAAACAUGAAAGGCUACAUACCAAUGACUCCUCAGCAGGGCAACUUCAGUGACUGUGGUGUAUACCUCCUACAGUAUGUUGAAAGCUUUUUAGAGAACCCACCCAGAGAUGGCAGGCCCGUGAAACUGGAACUCUCAAACUGGUUUCCGGAAAACAGGGUGCUGCAAAAGCGCUCGGCCAUCCAAGAUCUGAUUCUCCAGCUUCACUUACAGCAGCAGCCGGACAGCGACUUCCCCCUUCGCUGGCAGCAGCAAGAAGAGGUGCGCAUCAAGGCAGAGAUGGAAAGCGAGGCUGCAGCAUCCGAGGUCUUGUCAACACCCCUGGUUAUUCCCGAGACUCCUCCGAAGUCUGUCGGUCCAAACAGGCUCCUUGUGCUGUACACGCCGUCCCCCACACUUAGCUGAGGCCGCGUUGUGUUGUCUACGCACAAACUGUUGUGUGGUAGAUGUGUGCGCCGUCAGAAAACGGGAAAGGGAAGCGGUGAACGUAGCAACUGUGUAUCUGUGAAAAAGUGGAACUAGGACACGUAAAGAUCGGAACUGUUGACCGCUGCAAAUAUAGUGCGACUAUGUAAAAAUGUCGUGGGCACUUGUGCAAAAGUUGUUGUGCGUCGAAAAGUGUGAAAGCCUCCCUGGGUGACAGUACCGCUAGAAAUGAGUUCAGUGAACAAACUAACCGUGUUUCUUUAUUGUAAUUGUUCGGAUGUGACCAGCACGUAGCGCAGUAUAUCGUAGAAAUAAAAUUCAGCUGUGCAGGCGUUAAUUUGCUAUUUACCCCGGAUAUCUUUUGCAGGUACGCUCAGUAUCGUGGGUUGUGUUAGGUUUCAAAGGAAAUCUCGGAGGGGUCAGCAUGAAUCAACGUCUCGUUAAGGUUAGUCAACGCAAGUGCUUUAGCGUCAGGAGGAGGAGGAGGGAAGAACGUAUCUACCUGUUUGGUUGCCUGCCGGGACAUCCUAUGUUACACAUGCCUCGUUCAAGCUUUGUAGCAUUGUCCCAGGUAUGUUCGGCCCUUUCUCUGCAGGAAGUGUUGAUAAUAAAUUAAUGCUUAUGCAACUGGUCUCACGGUUAUUGUACAAACAUUUGCAUAAAAAUUUACCAAAUUUACUGGGUAGAAAAGCACCAUUCCCAUGGAAAAUUUGCAUUCACUCAACCUUCGUGUAGUUUAUGAUAACAAAAAUAAAAAUAAGCAGUUGUAACAGCACUGUGUGUGCAGUGAGAUUUCAUAUGUUGUACAAGUGUUAUGGGAUUCAAGUGUCACGGGCCAUAUCUGCAGGUACCUACUGCUUGAGGCUGCUAUAUUCUAUUAGGGCGGGUUAAACUGCAUUUACUGGAUGUAUUAUCGUCACCCGCACCGCCAGAAUCUGACCGAACAAAUGGGGAACAGUGGAAGAGUGAAAGUCUCAGGGUAUCGUGUUUGGACAGUGAAAGCCACCAUUUUCCUGGAAUGGAAGCCAAAAAACGUACCAAGUUAUGUACACAUUGGCUACAAAUGAAAUAUAUAUGUGUGUGUUU